CCUGGUCACAUUGGCUGGCAGUGGAAAAAUAAAACAACUGGGAAAAAGGCAUCCGAUUCACAAAUGUUUUCUGCUGCAGCUCUCGGCGUUUAAUUAAAAACUGUGAGCAUCUUGGAAUGCUGAAUGUGUUUCGCCAGCAGCAUCAUCGAAGCGCACAGGAAGUUAUUUAUAGCGCCGCCGGAUUUGGAUCAUCCCGAUCCAGCCACGCCCACGAUUUCCAACCGAAUCAAGAUGCCGAGGGGGAAAUCCCGCCUGCAGACCGAGGUUUGCGGCGAUUGUGGAGCUGGUGAUCCCUCCUGGGCGAGCAUCAACCGGGGCAUCCUCCUCUGCGCCGACUGCUGCUCCGUGCAUCGAAGUCUGGGCAGGCACAUCUCCAUAGUGAAAUCCCUGCGCCAGGGAAACUGGGAACCAUCAGUGCUCAACUUUGUCAACUCCCUGAAUGCCCAUGGAGCGAAUAGCGUUUGGGAGCACCAUCUGCUGGAUGGCAGUAGUGGUUCGGCGGGCGGCAAGCACCUGCCCCGCUGGCGCAAGCCCUCGCCCAAGGAUCCACUGCAUCCAACCAAAUCGGAUUUCAUCAAGGCCAAGCAUGUGAAUCUCACAUUUGUGCUGAAGCCCAGUCUGCAAGACGAUGACGAUGGCAAUGGCUCCGUGGGCAGCUUGGAGCAAGAACUGAGCCGACAACUCCAUGCCAGCGUGAGGACCAGCAAUCUGGAGACCUCGCUGCGUUUCCUGGUUCAGGGCGCAGAUCCCAAUUACUAUCACGAGGACAAGCUAUCCACGCCACUGCACAUGGCAGCCAAGUUUGGCCAAGCAUCGCAGAUCGAGAUGCUGCUCAUCUAUGGCGCCGAUGUGAACGCCUUGGAUGGCAAUGGGAUGACGCCGCUGGAGCUGGCCAGGGCCAAUAAUCACAACACCAUCGCCGAGAGACUGCUGGAGGCUAUGUACGAUGUUACGGACAGGAUUAUCACCUUCCUGGGCGGCAAGAAACCAGAUCAUGCGAGUGGCCGCCACAUGAUUAUACCGGAUGCCAAUGGGGCCGACAUAAGCGAGCAGCUGAAGAUUGCCCGCGGAAAGCUGCAACUCGUGCCAAAUAAGAUGUUUGAGGAGCUGGUCAUGGACCUCUACGACGAGGUGGACAGACGCGAGUGCGAAGCCAUCUGGUCGACGAGUACCCUCAACGCUGAUCAUGCAACUGUGCCAUUUUUACCGGCUAAUCCAUUUUUGAGCGCCACGCGCAAUCAGGGUCGUCAGAAAUUGGCACGCUUCAAUCGCGCCGAGUUCACUGGUCUGUUGACCGAUGUGCUUGUCGACGCCAUGAGACGGCAGAAUAUGGCCAAUCUGCGCCCAUUGGAUGCCCCAGUGCCGGGGCAUCAGUCACUGCAAUCGCUGCCGUAUGCCAACAACUCAAUGUUCGAGCAGGGCGGUCACGAUCCAAAUCUGUCGGACGACGAGCCCAUCUACGAUCCGGUGGCCAGCGACGAUGACUAUGCGCCAGUGCCGCCAAUGGCCCAGCAGGCCAUUGUGCAUACGCCGCCGCGAAAUGCGAAUUCGCAAAACGAAAUGGAAACGCUGCGCAAACAGCUCAGCGAUUACAAGUCGGAGAUCAAUCAGCUGAAGAACGUGGUGCAGAUGCUGUCCAGCGAGAACUCGCAGCUCAAGUCGAAGUUCUCGAGUGCCUCCAACAACAGCGUCUACGAUGAGCCACUACGCAUUGAUCUUAGCCUGAGUAGUCCCGAUACGGAGCACGAGCCCCUGUCGCUGCCUGAAGGAGGCACCACCAAUGUGGAGAGCGGCUCCUCGAAUGACUCCUCCAAUCAGUCGACCAUCAAGCGGCCAGCCAGCAUGUACGAACGUCGUCUGGUGCCCAACGUGGCCAAGGGGCAGACGGAUAUUCGGAAUACCACCAGUAUGUACCAAAUGGCUGGCGAUGGCAAGCCUUUCGGUGAGGAGGUCAAAGUGCGCUCCGACUUGGUCACUCGCUGUCUGAAGGAGCUAAUCAGGGCCAUGCAGCCAGUGCCGGAGGAUCAGAAGCAGUCGAUUGCCCCACAUGGAGAGUUUAUACGCAACGCCGUGACUGAUUUAAUUGCUCUAUAUGCUAACUUGCCCCCCAAUGCCAGUGACCCCACCCGCGAAACCCUCAAGCUGCUGACCCGCCAGAACAUACUCAUCCAGCACGAGUGCGAGAACCUGCAGAAGGCCAUCGAGGCGGACGACAAGCAGGCCAUACAGAAGAACACCUUGGAGGUGCGCGACUGCGCCUUCCACAUCGCCAGUGCCAUAAAGACCUUGGUGCUGCAGUUCUACUGAGGAGUCCUCGACGACACAAACGACCUAGAAGUUUAACUUGCCCCCAUUUGAAGUAUUAACCAACCACUUUAGUGCCCCGCUGACUAACCAACGUGCUUCCGCCAAUUAAAGUAAAACAGUGUCCCCAUUUACAUAUAGUUUAUGUAUUUAAUAAAUGUUUACAUAAAUCAA